GACUAGAAAUCCAUUGGGGUCUCCCCGCGCAGGUUCGAAUCCUGCCGACAACGUUAGUGUUUUUGCUUUGUCUAAAACAUGUUUGCUUAUGCAUCACAAUCGCGUUGAGACAACAAUUAAUAUAAUCUUAUUUAAUGUCUUGUCAAAUGUUACUAGAUUGACUAGUUAGAGGAAGCCCUGGGCCAGAAGGAAAUGGUACUCGAGUUUCUAUGGGAAUGGACGUGGCGUUCUCGUCUGGAUAAUUAUGGCGGAUGAUUUGGACGAUUUACUUGAUGAAGUCGAAUCAAAGUUUUGUUGCAGCAGUUCGUCAUCAAAACAACCAUCUAGUGAUUUAAAAAGAACGAAACGAAACUGCGUGAAGGAGGAGGAAAAGAAAGAGUCGAGAAAACAGGGGUGCAAAGGAAGUGAAUACAAAAAUGAUGAUAUUGAUGCUGUACUACAGGAAAUAUUGGAUGAUGAUUAUCAGCCCAUAAGUACAAAUGGACCUAUUGCAGCAAAGAAUUCCACAAGUGACUCAUGUUCUCAGACAAUAUCCAAGUGUUUCCCCGUGUUCCUUGGUGGAAGUUCUGUACCACAUGGAAUUGGAACCAGCAUUUCUCAAAGGGCCUGCAACCAGUUGAGGUGCACAUCUUGCGACUUUGGUGUAGCCAUAUUUGAUGAUCUUGAGUGGGACUCAUCCUGCGACUAUUUAUUUCUCAGGAAUAACAUGCCAGACUAUUACAAAUUAAAAGCGAAACUGAGAAGGAAAAAUGGUGGGCGGGCGUAUGCCUGCCAGUGUAGUUGGCACUCUGCCCUGUCGCUCUCGGACCUGAGAGACCAACACCAGCUAAAGUGGGUUUGUGGCAAACACAAAGCAUGAAAAUGGAACAUGCAGCAGUUCUUCCUCUGACAAUUUUAUCUUUUGUCAUCCAGCAAGAAAUGCUUUGUUCCCUCUUCCUCACAAAACUGAAUGCUGGCCAGUUUCUGCAAAACUGCAGUCUGUGAGGUCGGAUGACAUCUUUUUUUUUUCUGUCUGCUUCUUUGAGUGUAUUAUUGUUUUAGUUUUGUUUUUCUGUGUACUGUGCAUGUAAAAUUAUUUAGUUUGACAUAAUUUGGCAUGUAGAUGACAUGAUUUCCUGCUCAGGGUGUAUGUGCAAUUUGUUCUCCAAUAAAAUACUGUCUAGAAUGAGAAUGUUCCCUCCUCUGAUGUC